AUGAGCGUCAUUACUAUGAUUGUGUGCUACUUUCCUGGAAACGCGCCCGUCGUUCGAGAUCGGCGUAACUGCAACCACAAGCCCUACACACCUCAAAAUCAAAUUCCAAUUGCAAUCACCCCUUCCUUCAGGAAACGAAAACGAGCAAAGAGUCGAGCCAAUGGCAAACCAGAAGGUGCACCAAAAGCAGGAGCGGCGGCAGUAGCAGCGCCAGCAACAUCAAAAGUCCACGGUAAUGAAGACUCGCUCAUGGCUGAGCCUCUAAUCAAUCAAACUGCUCCCCCUGAACCUCGUCCUCCAACAAAGAAAUUCCGAGGCCAGCACCCGCAAAGAACGCAAUUGCCCUUCCCCCCCGCUCCCUUACUUCUUCAACACCCAGUGCUUUCGUUAUAUUUCCCCCACCUGUUACCGCUUCAUUCCUUCCUUCAACAGGCCCUCUCGUUCUCCUCUAAACCCAAGAUCGCUCUUAGAAAACUCGAGGAAGUUGUUGCUGGUAAGGGGUCCGAUAAGGACCUGGCAUUACUACUAAAAACCUCCGUCGUGGGCCUGGAGAAACUGCGAGUAUCGAAUGCGAUACUGGACAUUGAAGAUGCCACCCAAUCAACCGGAGGCUCCCGUCAGUCAUCGCCCACCCAAUCUGAGAUUGUAGAUCUAACCCUCCACACUCUCUUCUAUCGGUCCUUAUCAACGAAGAGAUCAAAUAGCGCAGUUUAUCCAGGGAAGCCAAAUAAUAUACUGACACAAGGUUACGCUUUGAAUAACCACCGCAUUGCAGCACCACCGGGAAUCAAUUCGGGCUUGCUUGGAGUCGAUGUCGUGAACUUGUAUCAAAAUGCUCAUAUCGGCACAUUGAAAUCGCCGGUGUGGGGUCGGUUACUGGGGAUCAUAGGGGAUGAGGCGAUGCUGGAUCUGCUGCUCAACACAAGCAUAUUCCUUCAACUGGAUGGGCACGGUGACCAGUACGAUGUUGCAAAAGCAAACUACUACCAACUUGCAGGGCCAUCACUCUCGGAUUUCUUAAACAACCCGGUAGCACAGCCAGCACUACCACCACUUCACACUAGUAGCACCCGUCCCGCUGGUGCUGGUGCACCUUUGAAACGCUGCUUGUCGGAAAUUGAAGGUGCGGGCGCCAAGAACAUCGACAAGAAGAUUAGGCCGAACCGUCUUCGUCCCGCUGCCGCCGAAAGUCUUAAACUUACCAAUACCGCCAAUAUUACUAACCGUAGCGGUACAACCACUCCCGCUAUUACCAAUGAUAGCAAGAGUGGUGUAAAACACGUCCUGAACCGCUUCCCCGACCCAUCGGUGAAUUCCCACACGGUGCAGAUAUUGAAAUAUAUCUUCCCCCGUCAAUUCAAUCUCCACAAUGCCUUCACCUCUGUUGUUGACAGGCGGGAGACGGUGCAGCCACUCAAAGACUACACAAUACGAGAAAAGGAGAUCGCUGCUGUUGCUGCUCUGAGUGGUAAGCUUGAAGUUCUUAGCGUCCCAAAGAGAUUGAGAGGGACUGUGUUUGGGUUGGUGGCUAGAAUGCAGAAAUUGCAUAAGCGAUGCUCUUAUCAUGCACUUGUGAAAUACCACUGUCCAAUCAAGCUCUGUGAUGGCGUCGUUCAAAAGCCUGUCACCGCCGCAGCUCCAACCAAUAACCUUUCAACCACCCGCAGUGAUAAUAAGCUCGCCACCCAGGCCACUCCAGAGAUACCGGUGGUUUUCGGGCCUUCACCACCCCCCAAGUCUGGCGAGGAGAUCGUCAAGGAUGGCGAGACAGGCGAGGCAGGCGAGGCAGGCGAGGCAUUCACGGACUUCGCCUCGUCUAACGUCGAGGUCUCGGCCUUUGCCCGCGCUGUCAUCUCUAAAGUGAUCCCUCGUGAUUUCUGGGGCAAAGGAGAUGGCAAUAAGAAGCUGAUUAUGUCUAACGUCGACCAAUUCGUCAAGCUACGACGCUACGAAAGCUAUUCACUCCAUGAGAUCAUGCAGGGUCUGAAGCUUACCGAGUUCCCGUGGCUUUGUCCCGCUGGAACCUCCCCUUCCGCAAAGCUCUGCUUGUCAGACACACAGAAGCGCCGGCAGAUCCUGGCUGAGUUCUUGUUCUGGCUAUUUGAUUCAUUCCUGAUCCCGCUAUUACGGUUCCAUUUCUACAUCACUGAGAGCAACGCACAACGCAAUAGGUUGUUCUACUUCCGGCAUGAUGUAUGGAAGAAGAUCAGUGAACCGGCGCUGAUCAGGCUCAAGACUGACACAUUCCAAGAGCUGAAGGUGGAGAGAGCCAAAAAGAUAUUGGGCCAGAGAGCGUUAGGAUAUGCACAGGUACGGCUGUUACCGAAGGUCAAUGGCGUGAGGCCGGUCAUGAACCUGAAGAGAAGGGUUUUACAGCAGGACAAGCACAAAGGGAAAGAAGUAUUGGCUCCGAGUAUUAACACAAUUUUAAAACCUGUCCAUAAUGUGUUGGUAUUCGAAAAGUCUCGCAAAGCCGAAAAGCUCGGAGCCGCUAUGUUCUCCGUCGGUGAUAUUUACUCCCGCAUCAAAACCUUCCAAGAACGUCUUCGCACCACCAGGUCCACCCUCCCGAAGCUCUUCUUCGUUAAAGUUGAUAUUACCGCCUGUUUUGAUACCAUUCCGCAGGGCGCACUCAUAAAGCUUAUCGAAUCCAUCAUUACCGAGCCCGAAUACCGCCUCGAAAAGCACGCCGAAAUUCGCCCUCCGGCUUCCAUAAGCAGCAAAAAGCCUAUCCGCCGCUUCAUAGCCAAAGCCCAGCUCCCGGGAGAGGUCAACCGGUUCGCUGACUUUGCACAAGCUGAGGUCAAACGUAGAGGCAUGAGCGAAACCGUCUUCGUCGACGAUGUCGUUCACAAAUUUCGGGACUCCAACUCCUUACUAGAUCUGCUUGAGGAGCAUGUCCGUAGGAACAUCGUCAAGAUUGGGAAGAAAUUUUACCGACAGAAGAAUGGGAUCCCACAAGGGUCUGUACUGUCGAGUAUAUUGUGCAACUUCUUCUACGGCGAUCUAGAGAACAAGAAACUCUCCUUUGCAUUUGAAGAUGACGGUAUUCUGAUGAGGCUUGUGGACGACUUUUUAUACAUUACGCCAAAGCGCGAGAAGGCACAAAAGUUUCUAGAGGUAAUGCAUGGCGGGAUGCCGGAGUACGGGGCUUUCGUGAGUGUGCAGAAAACGUUGGUCAACUUUGAGACUAGUGUGGGCGGGAGGAAGGUGGCCAGAUUGUUAGAUACCGAAGAGUUCCCGUACUGCGGUAAUCUUCUCAACACGAGGACAUUAGAGAUUAGGAAGGAUAGAGGCGGAAAAACUCAAACCAAUGUAAAUGAUCUCCUCACAGUUGAGUAUUCUAAAAAUCCCGGCAGAGCCCUUCAACGCAAAGCAAUUGGCGCCUUCAAAAUGCAGGCACACCCAAUGUAUUUUGACAGUACGCUCAACAGCACCCAUACCGUCCUCUCCAACAUCUAUCACAAUUUCACCGAAGCCGCCAUGAAACUAUACCGGUCCGCCGCCUCAUUGCGGGGACCAAAGUCUCCCGGCCAGAACCUCCUCAUCAAGAUCACAUCACAACUGCUGGAGCUUGCGUACAACAGGCUACAAAAGGGCAACUUCAAGUGCACAGUGGGGAGAAGCCAGGUUCGAUGGCUAGGUGCACAAGCGUUUAAGAAGGUGCUUUACAGGAAGCAGACCAAAUAUAGGCCGCUACUCGAGUGGUUAGAUACUGUGAUCAAGAAAGAGGGAGGUGAUAAGGCAACGGCGGCAGUGGUGGAGCAGGGUGACGGUCCGUUUGUGGGAUACAAAUAUUAG